GAACCCGGAAACGCCUGCACCGCGCGAGUCUGGCGGCAGCUAAGACAGCGGUAGCCGGCGGCACUGCAAAUCAGCGGUCGCGUGGGAACCCGCAGGCUCUGCAGCCUGGGGCUCCGGGAGGAGCUGAACCGCGGCCCCUAGUGCGCGUAGCCUGGCCAGCUGCGCAGGAGGCAAAUGAAGAUAAAACAAUGUCUACCAACCUAAAAUACCUAUCCUUGGGAAUUUUGGUGUUUCAGACUACCAGUUUGGUUCUAACAAUGCGUUAUUCUAGGACUUUAAAAGAGGAAGGACCUCGUUAUCUGUCUUCUACGGCAGUGGUUGUAGCUGAACUUUUAAAGAUAAUGGCCUGCAUUUUACUAGUCUACAAAGACAGCAAAUGUAGUGUAAGAGCACUGAAUCGAGUACUACAUGAUGAAAUUCUUAAUAAACCUAUGGAAACACUUAAACUUGCUAUUCCAUCAGGAAUAUAUACUCUUCAGAAUAAUUUACUCUAUGUGGCACUGUCAAAUCUAGAUGCAGCUACUUAUCAGGUCACAUAUCAGUUGAAAAUUCUUACGACAGCAUUAUUUUCUGUGUCUAUGCUUAGUAAAAAAUUAGGUGUGUACCAGUGGCUCUCCCUAGUAAUUUUGAUGACAGGAGUUGCUUUUGUACAGUGGCCCUCAGAUUCUCAAGAACUUGAUUCUAAGGAGCAUUCAGCUGGCUCUCAAUUUGUAGGCCUCAUGGCAGUUCUCAUAGCAUGUUUUUCAAGUGGUUUUGCUGGGGUUUACUUUGAGAAAAUCUUAAAAGAAACAAAACAAUCAGUGUGGAUAAGAAACAUUCAGCUUGGUUUCUUUGGGAGUAUAUUUGGAUUAAUGGGUGUAUACAUUUAUGAUGGUGAAUUGGUAUCAAAGAAUGGAUUUUUUCAGGGAUAUAACCAACUGACCUGGAUAGUUGUUGUUCUUCAGGCACUCGGAGGCCUUGUAAUAGCUGCUGUAAUUAAAUAUGCAGAUAAUAUUUUAAAAGGAUUUGCAACCUCUUUGUCCAUAAUAUUAUCAACACUGAUAUCCUAUUUUUGGUUAGAAGAUUUUGUGCCAACCAGUGUCUUUUUCCUUGGAGCCAUCCUUGUAAUAACAGCUACUUUCCUAUAUGGUUAUGAUCCCAAACCUGCAGGAAAUCCUACAAAAGCAUAGCUGUAUACAAUCUUUAACUAGUUUUUCAAGAUGGUGCACUGGGAAUUUCGACAUUAAUCUUGCACAGAAGACUUCCACAGAUUCUGUGAAGAUGUGAUCAUGCUGAAUCUGAUAUUAUUAUUCAAAUGGUUUGAAAAUACAAAAGUUUAAAGAUAAAAUGUGUGUAUAUGUAACAGAAAGUCUGUUGUAUCUAUAAAUCAAAACUUGAAAGUAUUUCCAGGGAUUAGAAUCAGAAGGAGCUUGAAAUCCAAGUUUAAAAAUAUUUUACAUUUUUGAUUGCUGCAGAAAAGCCCUAUGCACUCUUUGCAAGAGCACACAACAAGUACCAGAUACCAAUUUUUACAAAUCACAUCUAUUUAAUCUUAUGAAAUGGUUUUUAUCUUAUUCUUUCUGUACAGAUAUAUAAAACCACAUGGAAUAUUAAAAGUUUGAAAGUUAUUAUUACGUACAAAACUGUGAAGAAAUAGAUGUAUGAUUUGAAAAAACAUUUUCACAUAUCUGAGAUUUUUAUAUUUAUACAAAGGAUUACCUAACAAAGGAUGGCUAAAUGUUAUUUGUUAAACUACAUAAAAAUUGAUGAAGUAACAUUCUGUGUCUGACUUGUCAGAGAAUAAAAUUCAUUUUUAAAUUUAAUGUAAAGAGAUCCAGACAUCUAUUUCUCCAUCCACAUUUUAAGACCUUCUAAUGCUUUGAAACUGUUGAAAGCAAUCUAGAUGCUCCUGUGCUAGGUAGUAGCCAGUGACUUUUACACAAAUGGAUUUUUGCCCUUAAUUUUCUAGUUGCAUUUCUUUUCUGUAAAUCAGAUAAAUUCUUAAUAUUAUUUUAAAUUUUUUUUGUGUGUUAAUUUCCAUUAAGGUUUUAAAAUAUAAAGCGGUUUAGUACUCAUUUAGUAAUAUAAAAUAAUUUAUAAUAUCUCCAUUUGGAGAAUUUUGAACUGGCAAGCAUAUACUAUACACAAGUAAAAGUUUUAAAUGAAUAUUUUACU